UGUAUAACUACGGGUAGAACCAUGCAAAAAGUGCCCAAUGUUGAACAAUAGACAAGCGGAGGUGGUGCAUUCCAUUGAUCAGUCAUGAGGACCCACUGCCACCCGACGUCAGCAGUGAUGACUAAUAAGAUUAUCCUAUCAAGUUAGCGGUAGGUACUCUUUACACUGCUCAUAUAAAAAAAGUAUUGAUACCUGGAAGGAACUGCGUUCGAAUAACUAUCAUCUCCGUGAAAGCGCACCUUUUAACAUGACAUAACAUCGCAAAUCUCCAACCCAUCGCCACUUUUCUUCUGUGCUCUGUCAAGUAUCCGUUCAUUAAAGGAGGAAACCAACCUCCCCCAGACAGGGAUCAUGGCUCGUUCCAGCAAGGCAAAGGCCCGGAAUAAGGGCAGGUCCAUGCCGAAAACCCACGAAGCCAACCCAUAUAGCCACCUGACAAUGCAGCAAGAAGCACGGAAUACCGAGGGGCGGCAUUCAUGGAAGGUUGGACAGAACCUUCGCCACCAGGCAGUCCACUUCGUGAGCGCAGGUGGUCUGCAACCAGACCAAGAAAACGUUUUCGAACCGACUGGAGACUCCACAAUCUCGGACGAACAAGAGGCAAUCGCGAAGCCCGAAGAGGCAAUACCAGCAGAACACGACAAGCAAGCACAUAUGUCAUUUCUUGUCGACAUGGCUGGAGAGUCAUUACUUUCCAAAAGCACCCCUACAAGGAACUUUCCUUCACACAACAUUAGUCCAUGCGACUCUAGCGAAGAUGAAAUUGUAUUUCGUGGUCGCCAGCAGGGGAAAAACUCGUUCCGUCACCUCCACGACACAAGUGACUACCAGUGUCCACCAUACGCAUCCCCACGAGCGCUUGCAAACCGCAGGGAAUCUUUAUCGGCCCGAGAGUGUACUGCACGCGGACGCAACCGAAGCAAGUCAUCGAUUCCGAGCCACGCCAGAACGACCCCCUCCAUCGGUAACAGAAUGUCGAUGGAAAAUGCCGAUUUUAUAGGUUUGAACUAUCAGAGUGCACGGGGCAGAAAUCGAGCAGAUUUCUCAGACGAAGAUCAUGAUAUGUUAGCCGAUUAUAUAGCAAACAUGGACCAGGACUAUGGAGAAUCAAGCGACGAUGAGCCAGAGAAUUCUGACGAUCUUAGGCCUGAAGCCGUCGUGGAACAUCCACUGGAUGCAAACACAUCACCAUUGGAUGAUACGCUAGGCCUCGAUAAAACAGCAACGUCAAGCUACAGCCCGCCAGCGGUUACCGAUGAUGAGGAACACCUGGAUGUGCGGUUUACGGGACCUUAUGUCACCGCGGACGGUACCCUCUACGAUGAGAGGCCCCGUAGUCCCGAAGACAGCGAUUUUGAUUCCACUCUCGAAUGCGCGAAGGGCAGUCCACCGGACCAUGGAUCGCCAGAAGAGAUUCUUGCUCUCUUGUACGAAUCUCAGCAGACUUCGGCAUGGAAUGGCACCAAGGGAUAUACCUCGGCAACUGCAUUCGCUGAUGCCCUAGAACGUGAUCCCUACUACAAUCUUGACUUAAUGGAUAGGGUCGUCUCUCAAAAGAAAAAGGGCAAGGUGAAGCAGCAUGCCCUAGAUAUGAUAUCCUCCGACGAUGAAUUUGGGCAGCACUUCGAACAGGCGUGGCACAACGAUAGACAGAAGAAGAAGGCCCGCAAGCUGAGGCGAGAGGAACUUCGGUCCCAAGGACUUCUUGGUCGGGGUGCAACCUACCCAGAUCUCAAACAGAAAUAUUCAGACGAAAUGGGCCUCGAUGACUUGAAAACAGAAUUACGCCUCUUUCUAUUAUCGCCAAAGAACAGCUUGGCUCUCCCCCCUAUGCCCAAACACCGCAGGAAACUGAUUCAUGACCUGGCCAACCCCCUCUCUCUCAAAUCCCAGUCUCGUGGGAAAGGGUCGUCUCGCUUUACUGUGCUAAACAAGACCUCCAAGACACCAAAUUAUUCCCAAAAGACGAUCUCUCGUGUGGACCAGGUGUUUUUACAAGGAAGGUUCACUCAUCGUGCAAUAAAAUAUUGGGAUCCGAGUGCAAACAAGCCGAAAAGGCAUGGAACUCGUCGUUUAGAGAAGUCCGCCACAUACGCCGACGGAGAUGUUGUUGGCGGCUCAGCUCCCGAAAUUGGUGCUGAAAACAAGGGCCGAGCUAUGCUGGAACGAAUGGGAUGGAGCAUGGGCACCCCGCUCGGUGCGGGUGGUAACAAAGGGAUUCUUCUGCCCGUUGCACAUGUCGUCAAGAACUCGAAAACUGGCCUAGGAUAAUAGAGGACCUUCUUUACGUCUGGCAUCUGUAACCGAUCAGCAGCCUUCGUCGCAUUGGGGCUCAUAGCCAGAGUAACCCCCCUUUUGUUGUCAUAGGAUCCGCUAGUGUAUUUCGAACGGUACCCAUGCUCGUUGUGCUGCCUAGAACAUAGCUUUACUAAGAAUAACGUGUUGAUAUCUAAGUUGA